AAGAGACUGUCGUCGUGAUCGAUAGUCUACAUCCGCUCUUUGAUUUCUCCUGCCCGGAGCGUUGUCGGGGCUGAUCCGACGUCUGGCAAUCGGGAGGCACAAUCCGAGGCAACGACAGCAUCGGCGUGCGUUCUCAAUAAUUUGCCGCUUCUGCUUGUACUUUGUCGACCCCACGUUCUUGGACAGCGCAUCAACAUUCGAGUGUCUCACAACAAAACGCGACGAACGUUCCGGUCCCGACGUUUGACUGGUACUUCAAGAGUUCGCUUCUGUUGCCACGAUUUGAUACUUGCCGCUUGUCAUCGGAAACAUCUGCCGAAUCGCUUCCGAGACAUCGUCUUCGCAGCAUCGAGAAAGUUCAUACAUGUGAAGAUCUAUUUCAGCUUUUAAGUCAUUAGCGGUUGCAUGCAUACUGUUUGGCUACAUCGACAAAGCUACGACAACCAGUGAUGAAUGAAAUUAACCGGGCAUCGUGAUCAUGGGUCUCGAUACUCGUCGGCCACCAUUACCUGCACCUACUGAAUCUACGGACGAAACUUCUGGUCCCGACACUGAAGUCGGCACCACAUUGACAACGCGCACCGACAAAACCUCGUAUUCUAUUCCUGAGGACGGCAGUCCAAUCACUAUCUCGACACACAAAAUCAAUGCUGGACGAGAAGGAGGCUUGCAUCAUCGUCGGCAGAAAAGUCAGACCAGUCUACUUAUCGAAUAUUUUGAGACUUCCAAGUCUGGUGACAAGAGCAAGAAUCGCCCGAGCGUGAGGGUCAAAGUCACGCCAAGUGGGACAAAAAAACACCCGGCGGCGAGAGGUGCUGUCCAAAUCACAGGCAUUGGUUCGGAUCGCAAGCCAUCAUACACUCGCCGCAUUUCAUUGAGAAACACGUCCGCUGAGCAGGAUACAUCGCCGGACGAAGACGCCGACCUAGGAUAUCCUCCUCAAGCGACUUCCUCAAGACGAGCGCCGGUCGAGAUCGAGGUGCUUCAGGACGGAAGCGAAAUCUCGACUGCACAAAGCUCACGCGGCUUGCUUUACGCACCAAUUGAUUCCAACAUCUCUUCUAUGCCACCGGACAGUAUGCUGGACGGCAAUUAUCAGACGGCAAGCGACGUCAGUCAGUUCCCUGACAACGAUGAUGAGAGCACGGUCAGGGACGCCGACUUUCUGAAUGCGCCACUGAGAGAUCGUAGUAGGAGCGUGAGCAGAGAGCGUCUCACGCAAAAAGUCAUGGAGAAGCUCAACGCCAGCUCUUCCGAGCAGAAGGCAACCCCAUCGAGCCGUGAGAAGGGUACCAAGGACUAUGAAUAUAACAGCCCGCGCAGAGAGCGCCGGACGCGUGCCAGGAAAGAUUCUCGACCAGACGACGAUGUUUUUAGCGGGGCAGAAUCCAGCCUCCUCUCUUCUAGCAAGUCUUAUCGUUCGGGAAGCUCACAGGCUUCUCGCGUGACGAACAAUCCUAAGCUUCUGGAAAUGGUAGAAGAUACCAUCAAACGCGUGAUCCUUCCAGAGAUCAAUGCGUUGAAGGCAGAUCAAAAGGUGCAAAAGACCGAACGUAAUCUGCAAUCCUUCGAUGAGCACAGACGUGUGCACAGCAAGUCGAGCGACUACGAAACCUCGGACUUGCAGCGCCAGGUCAGCAAAUCCUCAAGCUCGCCGAACAUUGCCUCCAGACCGAAGGUUGUUCUGAAUCGUGAAGGCGAUGAUCCUGGCACAGUCCUGUCUCGCGGUGACUCUGAACGCAAAAAGGUGCGGAGGCCACAUCGGGACGAACGCUCCGAACACCGAUCUUCGAGUCGCCGAUCUUCAGGCAAGCACUCACGAAGGAGCAGCUACGAUACUGAGGAACGCUCAGUGCGAAGAGUAUCACGGGACGAAAACGAAGGAGGAAAGGCCGUUGCAGCUGCGAUUGCUGGAGGUGGACUCACGGCAGCGGCGCUGAAGCAUCACGAUUCCCAAACUGAUAUGCACGAGCGCCGCAAAAUGCGAAGUAAAUCUCGCGGGAGUCGUAGUCGAUCUGCCAGUCUAGCCGAGCCUGUAGAGGAACCGCCAGCUCGAAAAGGCGUGAUUCCACCCCUUCCUCUCGCGAGCCGCAUCAACGAUUCGGAAGUCACCAGGGAUAGCAUCCUUUCAGGUGGCUCCGACCGAGCACAUCUUCGUAACUCGGGAGAGGCUCCGGCAAUCAUGCGCGAAGUGUCGCGCGGCUCGCUUCGUGAUGCGAUAACACCGGGCUCUAUCCGGACACCUACUCGCACAUCUGUGACCAGAACACUAGAAAAGGACUACUUCACUCGAGAUAGUGCGAGCCCGGGUAGUCCUACUGGUUCACACGGGAAAGCUCGCUCAAAGUCGAGAACAGCUGCGCUGGCAAAGACUGUAGAGGAGCGGCACAUGGAUGCUGACGGAUAUGGCUCGCCCACCUCUCCACGGAAGCUUGCCAGCCCGGCGCAAAGCGUGUCUAGCCUGAAGAAACAUUUUGAGGACGAACCGCUCGUUCCACAAAGUUUGAAACUCCGGGGAGCAUCUUCACGCUCUGGAGGUCGGUUGCACGACCUUAAAGCUUCACAGUCAGAUUUCCGUUCAGACGAGUCAUUGCCCACAGCCAAAUUGGCCAGCUCACGUCAGCAGUCUCGUGAUGCUAGCGGCGAUGAGUUCAUUACACCUCUGGAGCAUUCAUUUGCCGACAACGAACCCGAGAGCGUCCACACGCCCGGAGAAGAGACUGCAAAUGCGUGGUUCGACAGACAGCGUGCGGUCAAUGAUCGAUAUCGCGACUCCAUGGGAGAGUCAAAUCGCGAUUCUUACCAGACCAACCCUUAUCCUCAGGACGAGCGAGGCUUUUCCUACGCGGAUGAUGCUCGGCGCAAACAACUUGACGAUGAUGACAACGAAGAGUACGCAGACGAGAAUGCUGUCCACUCUGUUCAGGUCAAACAUGGGCUCGACCAUCGCUUCGUCCCUAGCCCUGUCGAUGUUGAGUCGGCGGUCGCCUCUCUUUUGGACCCAUCAACAGUAGAUAGCAAUCGUGUUUCAACAUCUGACAGUCCUGCUCUACAGAAUGGUUCCUACAGCAAUCGGAUGGCGGAGCAAUUGCGAGCGCUCGGUAAAGACAGCCCUGGAAUCUAUGAAGGCUCCACGAUCAGUCAGACAAUACCGAGUCAGGACCGGUGGGCAGCGUUGCGAGGGAAGGCUACAGGGUUGGCGGAUGUUGCAGAGCAUGGCUCAGCGACGCAUUCGCCCGCUCAGAGUCCGGCAAAGGAAUUCCGAGAGUCGUUCGAAGAGCAACCCAAAAUGCACGCAAGCGGUCUUCCGCUUGCGGAUGACCCAAUGCCUGAGAUUGGUCACUACGAUUCUCAGUCGGACCUGACGACUAAUCCAUCGAUUAUCCAGGGUCCACUCGGCGGUGAUCCCACAGGGAAGGAAAGUUGGCCGUAUACGCCAGAGGCGGACCGAGCGGGCGACUUGAAGCACAAUCAUAGUGAGCAGAGCAUGCGAGGAACAGCGAUCACGGGUGCCGCUCUAGCUGGAGCGGGCGUUGCUCUGGUAGGUGCUUCUUCUGGUGGUGCAGGACGACAAGUUAUGGAGGCAGACGAGCCGCAGAGGUCUACACCUGAUCUCGGCCGCAACAGGACUGCCGCACUCAAGAGGGACGUCCAACCAAGCGGAAGUCCAACCGCGCUGCGCAAUGACAAUUACGCCCGCGAUACGCAAGACCUUCCUCGCGACGUCCUGACUCCCAGCGGUGAGCCAAUGUACAAGAAGGAAGAUCUUGAGGAAUACGAGGCAGCCAUGAACGCCCAUGACGGGGAAUCCAUUUCGACAAGUCAGGCUCCGCGACAUUACCGUGCCAACUCACACGGCAUGGCUUCGCCCUUGUACGACAGUGCCACUGGCAAUGGAAUCGACCGAAUCCAGUCCAAGGACAUUGUGGCUUUGAUGGACCAUCUCACUGUUCGGGAUGCGCAACGAAAUGCACGCGACACUGAAAUGCUGGUUGCGCUUGUGCGCAGUGCAGCUGAAAUGCGUCAAUCUUUCGACGAAAUGAAGCGAUUCAUCGCCGAGCAGGAUAAGCUCAUCAUGCGUCAAGCGGGUCGCGUAGGGGAACAGACUGCACAAAAGGUGCUCAGCGGCCCUCGACCACAGCCCACGGCGUCUCCAAGAACGCCUCAGCGGACCCUACAAGAAGAUACCCAAACUAAACGCAAGGGCGUUCUUCGACGUGCUUUGCAGGGACUUACUGGCGGAAAGGGUCCUAAAGAUCUUGCCAAGAUCGAAGACAUGUUAAUGCAAAUUUUGGAUAACGUCGAAGAUCUCAAGCAUCAAGGUGGUCCGCGCCCGUCGGGGGCCUCAUUCGACAAUGCGAGCCUCGAUUCUUACGAGCGUUCGCGUGCUGCGGGCGAGCCGGGCUAUGAACAAGCCGAUGAUCGCAGUGGAUCUUCAAGUACUCCCACUCAGUCAGGCCACUUUCCCGUGCCUUCUGGCGGCAAGCAGCAAUUUCACUCCGGCUACGACGGCCGCCGCGGCUCUACAACUCGAGUGAGCACUGUCGUCGAAGAUGAUGAGGACGAAUUGGAGCCGCAUGAGGAACACGUUCUUGGACAUCAAUUCGAGAACAACGAGCGCAUGCUGACUCCGACACAAGAAUUGCAAAACAUGCGAGAUCUGGGACCGGACGCGAAGUCAUCGCAGCAAGCUGCAAAUCUCCCGACACCUGACAAGCAACGCAAACACAAGAGCAAUGGUUCCUCAAUCUUUGGCAUUCCCAAAAUUUCACGAUGGUCUAAGACGACAGCAUCAUCGGCCGCGCCCGAUUUGAGUGCCUUGGACAGUCCUAACGCUGGUAGCGCUCCCGCGUACGACUACAAAUCAGUCUCGGAAGCUUCUCGAUCAGGCUCAGCACUGGAAAACUACGACGAGGGGCAAUACAGACUUCAGGAUGACGAUCGUAUCCGCUCCACACAGAGUCUGGCUCGUGAGCAAAACCGGGCCAACGCGCGUGGCGAGACCCGAAGUGUUCGCAGUCGAAGCAGCAAACACACACGAACACCAAGUCCGCUCAUUCCAUCUGAGGCAUCCUCAAAGGCAAGGGACGAGUAUGAUGAUGACAAUGAUGAGUAUGAGGAUGAUGAGGAUGACAUUGCCUUCGAUGAUCCCAAGUACCAAGCGCACCGCAAUUCGCUUCUCCUCGAACAUCCUCAGCCCAGAGCGGGACCCACGCCGCGCCACCAGAAUACGCUUGAGUCACAAGCGCAUACUUUCGACGAUAUGACAGGCACCAACUCUGACGUAUCGCAGCGCACCGUCAGCGACUUCGAUCCGGCAGUCUGGGGUUCCUCAGGCACGGCCGGUCUAGCGCGGCAUAAAUUGGCCAAUUUCGAGCCCAUCAGCCCGGUGAGCAUGAACAGUCCAAAUUACGCGAGGAAUAGCAAGGACGAUGGUCCUUUAGUGCCUUCGCAAAAGGCGCCUGUGCAGCCAAAGGUCUAUCACGAGCCAGAGCCUGAGCCGGAUUGGGAACCUCAAUAUAGCAACAGCGGCUUCAGCAAAGGCGGCUACUAUUCCAGCCCAUACGGGUCCGGGCAUCUCUUGGAGCCCAUCGAGGAAGUCCGGUAUAGCCUGGAGACCGAUCGCAGUAGCCACGUGAGUCUGUCGAGAGAACCCGAGCACUGUGAUCGAAGCUAACCUCUAGAUAUAGCGUGAUCUCUCAUUCACACCAGAGCCACAGGUUGCCACGACGAAGGCGAUCGACAUGCGCUCUCCCACUGUCCGAAAGAUUACCGGACCCCGCCCAAUGGGUUCUCGGAGCCCAGCACCAGCGCAACCU